AUGGCGGCUCCCCAGUCCAAGCGGACGCGGCCGAACAUUGUGGUGACGGGGACGCCUGGAACGGGCAAGACGACGCACUGCGAAGCAGUGGUAGCUUCUGUGGGCGGCCAGGCGGCGGGGCUGCGUCACGUGUCGAUCAACGAGCUGGUGCGAGACCGCGACUGCCACGACGGCUGGGAUGCCGAGUACCAGAGCUGGCUAGUGGACGAGGACCGGCUGCUAGACGCGCUGGAGGCUGACGACGUGCCGCAUGGCCGUGGUGCCGGCGUGCUGCUGGACUGGCAUGCCUGCGACCUCUUUCCGACUGGUUGGAUCGACCUGGUGGUUGUGCUGACGGCCGACACGACGUCGCUCUACGACCGGCUGGCCGAGAGAAAAUACCCCGAAAAGAAGAUGCAGGAGAACAUUGACGCGGAGAUCAUGCAAGUCCUCCUACAGGAGGCCCACGAGGCUUUCCCGCCCGAGAUGGUGGUCACGCUGCAGUCCAACACGGUCGAGGACAUGGAGUCCAACGUCGACCGCAUCGUCGCCUGGGCCCAGCAGUGGUACAAGGACAACGACCUGCCGCUGCCGAGCAGCAAAUCGGAGCAAAAGGCAUGA